AUGGUGUUCGGGGCCACCCGGCUGUCUGAGCUGGGCCCCGAGGCCCAAGUGCGCAAGAGCAAGCGGCUGCUGAUCCACGAGAGCUACCGCAGCGGCGCCUUCGAGAACGACAUCGCCCUGCUGGAGCUGGACGAGCCCGUGCAGUGCAGCGACUACGUGCAGCUGGCCUGUGUGACUCACUUCUCCGACGUGGUGGUGUCGCAGCUCACAGACUGCCGCGUCGCUGGCUGGGGCUACACCGCGGAAGGCUGUGAGUGCCCCCGGGAAAGCGCCUGUGUGCCUGGGGAGGCCAAGGUCCGCCUCAUCAAUGUCAAGCUCUGCAACAGCAGCGAGUGGUACGGAGGGGCCGUGCGCAGCUACAACCUGUGUGCUGGCUACCCGCGGGGCGGCAUCGACACCUGCCAGCUCGGGCCCCUCGUGGUGCCCCACACAGAAUCCCCCUGGAAGCAGCAGCUCUGUGACAUCAGCGCCCCGGCCGAGGCUUUCCAGGCACUAUCAGCACUACGGCAUCAGACACAGCGCUGGGGGAGAAGCUGCGGGACCCGGCCCUUGGCUGAGCACCACGGGGUGUUGCGCGUCGUGGGCGGCAGCGAUGCCUCCCCGGGAGCCUGGCCCUGGAUCGUCAGCAUCCAGCUUCCCGGGGCAGCGGGCAGCGGGCACAUCUGCGGAGGCUCCCUCAUCCAUCCCCGGUGGGUCCUGACCGCAGGACACUGCUUUGACAAGUACAGGAACGUCCCGACGUGGCGCAUGGUGUUCGGGGCCACCCGGCUGUCUGAGCUGGGCCCCGAGGCCCAAGUGCGCAAGAGCAAGCGGCUGCUGAUCCACGAGAGCUACCGCAGCGGCGCCUUCGAGAACGACAUCGCCCUGCUGGAGCUGGACGAGCCCGUGCAGUGCAGCGACUACGUGCAGCUGGCCUGUGUGACUCACUUCUCCGACGUGGUGGUGUCGCAGCUCACAGACUGCCGCGUCGCUGGCUGGGGCUACACCGCGGAAGGCUCUGCAGAAACAUCCGACGUGCUGCAGGAGGCCAAGGUCCGCCUCAUCAAUGUCAAGCUCCGCAACAGCAGCGAGUGGUACGGAGGGGCCGUGCGCAGCUACAACCUGUGUGCUGGCUACCCGCGGGGCGGCAUCGACACCUGCCAGGGUGACAGCGGGGGCCCGCUCGUCUGCAGAGCUCCACACGCCAACUUCUUCUGGCUCGUGGGCCUGACCAGCUGGGGGAAAGGCUGUGCCAGAGCAAAGCAGCCUGGGGUCUACACCUCCACCCAGCACUUCUUCAACUGGUUCCUUGGCCUCUGCACCGGUGCUGCAGAAGUGCAGCAAUACCUGUGCACUGGAACCUUUGAAGUGGAGAGUUACUGA